GUCACCGGAGAUAGUGGGAGUUCCGUCGUCGUCGUCGUCCUCCCGACGAGCGCGCGCACACGCGCGCGUAAACACGCGCAAUCCUCGCCGGCCCGGCAUGCUCAAGAUUAUUAAUCGCAAACCAGUGUGUUUACCCACAUUGGCGUUCCACGACGAACGUAUACAACAAACGCUGUGCUCACGCACGACACGUGCAACGAUCGUUACCGUCCGUUUCUUCUCGUACACGGCACCCUCUGACCGCCGUCCCGCGCCGCCGAUCGCAGACCGCUACCGUUUCCGACCACUGGCCAUGCACCGCGGUCCGGACGCUCGCGAGUAAGCCGUCGGACAUCUUUUCGCGCGCACCCGCGACCAAGGGUCGUCCCUCCGGGACCAAAGCCGACCGGGACCAGUCGAGCGCCGCCAUGAGGAGCUUGUUUAGCGUGUUCGGGCUCUCGUAUGCGCCCGCGGCCAAGGGCGAUGCCCGCAGGGCCAGUUACAGUGCCGUGGCCGCGAACCGUGGCGCGUCCGGCAGGCGCCGCAGUUACGGGGCGAACAGGCGACAGAGCCUGGACCCCGGGGCCGUGCUGGGCCGACAUCUGUUCGACGGCAGGAUAGCCGAUCCUCGGACCAGGAACACGUGUCUGAUAUCGUUGAUGUUAAUUGGUGUUUCAGCUCUUGUCUUGGGUACGCUGAUUGCUAUUUUCGAUCCGUUUCAAUUAAUACUCAAAUGGAAACUCGUAAUGGCCAACGGUGACGAGACAUUCGAAAUGUGGAAAAAACCAGAUGCAGAAAUUUAUCUCAAGGUAUACAUAUUCAACAUAACGAACCGCGAAGCAUUUUUGUCCGGGGAAGACGAAAAAAUUAAGUUUCAAGAAGUCGGUCCAUACAUUUACAGAGAAAAUUCUGAACACAAAAACGUUACGUUUAACAAAAAUGGUACACUGUCAAUGACACCCGUGUUUCCUUUGACGUGGGUGCCAGAGCUGAACUCCGGCAGGGAAGAUGACAUAUUGAUAUUACCGAAUAUUGCACUUUUGAGUUUUGCGAGCGUCAUGGCGGAUGCAUCAAUGAUUACCAGAAUGGCGGUAAACCUGCUCAUUCGCCAAACGAAUUCCAAACCGUUUAUCGAGCAAACGGCCAAAGAGUUCAUGUUCGGCUACAAAAGUGUAUUGGUAACCAUAGGUAAUAAGUUUUUACCAUCUUGGAUCGCGUUCGACAAACUGGGCCUCAUUGACAGAAUGUACGAAUUCACCGGUGAUAGUGCAACAGUGUACACAGGUGAGGACGACGUGAAGAAGUCCGGUAUCAUAGAGAACUACAACACAAGACCGUAUCUACCGCAAUGGCCUGCAGCACCUUGCAACACGGUGACAGGAGCUUCGGACGGUACUAAGUUUCCGUCGAUGUUAUCGCCCGACGACACGCCGAUGUUCUUCAGGAAGUCCCUCUGCCGUUCCAUGCCAAUGGUAAGGACAACUGACAUGAUGAUACAUAACGGCUUGAAAGUAUACAAGUAUAUAUUUAAAAAUGGAACAUUAGAUAACGGAGCAGAAAACCCAGAAAAUAAAUGUUUUUGUCGUAAAAACAAAUGCUUGACAUCGGGACUAGUGGAUGUCACCGAUUGCUAUUAUGGAUUUCCUAUUGCAUUAUCGUAUCCCCACUUUUACAAGGCCGAUGAAUCACUAGUGAAUGCCGUUGGUGGGUUGAAUCCAAAUCAAGAACAGCAUGAAACGUAUUUCUUCAUCAACCCGUUAACGGGUUUGCCUACACAGCUGUAUGUCAGAAUGCAGAUUAACUUAGCUCUUGGUGAUAUAUCUAAUAUGGCAAAUACGGAACGCUGCAGCAACGUUGUUAUCCCUUUGGUUUGGACCGAAAUUGGAUUCGAGAGGUUGCCGGACUACAUGCUGACCAAGUUCUUCGUGUACCUGCGCGUGGGCCCGGCCCUGUUCAUCGCGCUCCAGUACGCCAUGAUGGUGGGCGGCGUGGCGUUCAUCGCGCUCACCGUGUUCUCGUCACUGUUCAUACCCGAGGACGACGAACUUAAGUUCAGCGGAUCGUCUGCGUGGCGGCGCGAGAGCCAGACGCUGACCGGGCAUAGGGGCGGCGGCGGUAUGCCCAUCAUCCGCGUACCCGUGCCCGCUGCGGCCGUAGCCGCGGCCAAGGAGAUGAACACGUACUACUGCAGCCCGCAGGUGGACUUGGCCGCGGCCCGGCUGAACGACGACCUGUGCGGCCGGCUGGACGUGGUACACGAAGUGAGCUCGCUGCGGGAUGGCAGUAGUACCGGGUCCGAUUACGAGGACGACGAUGACGACGUGUUCAAUCGGAUCGUGUGAAGCAGCGAGAACCAACGCGACCCGUCGCCGCCGCGCGCCACUUGAGUUCGCCGACCCAAAGCCGCGACGCAAACAGUUGCUAACCGUUUCGAUGGUUACGACUGCGACUGCGGCUGCGACGGUUAGGUGUUGUAAUCGUUCUAUCGUAAUAUGUAUAUAGUAAAAAUAUGUAAUAAGCUCAUGUUGACGUCAUAGGGUGAGAGAUUGAGAGAGAGAGUGAGAGAGAGAGAGUGAAAGAGAGAGAUUGAGUGAGAGUGAG